UUAUUAACACGGGUACAUAAGCUCUAGAACGACGAUUCAUCAAACAUUCAUCGCGGGAAGAUGAAGUUUUCAGUGGUGUCCACAGCGGCUUUCGUGCUGGCUUUAGUGACGGGUAACCUUGGAACUCCAGGGGGUGGAUACCACGGCCUCUUGCCCCCCUCUCGGUACGACGCCGCGUCAUCAGAUCCCGGGUUCAUUCAAUGCGCCAACCCAACUUCGUUAGAGGGUCAAUGGGUUCUCAACGAAUUCGACGAUAAGGAAUGUGUGUCUCUGGUCAAGGAAAAGUGCGGAAACCUGACAGAGUAUAAUACGCAACGCUGGGUCGAAGGCAUAAGGGUACGUGAUAACUGCAGUGCAAUCCCCCGAUGGACGGCCAUUGCAACCUUCACGGCUCCAGGCAACAAAUAUCCAACGGAGGGUGGCCAUGCAGCCAUUUUUGAAUCCUGCACUCCAGAUGGCAUCAGGGUUUACGACCAGAAUGUCAGCCAGCCAGUACAAAGAUGGCGCUUCUACGGUUAUGCCAACCUCUUCUCCACUAUUCGGCUGCCGUAAGAAAGUACGUCAGGAAAAAUAAAUGUUUGAUCCAAUAUGUA